CACAACCAGUCGCAAUUUGACCCUCGGACAUCUUCAAUUCUCAACGUCGACAACCCUCACAAAUCGCCGCCACUAUGUCGUCCAAGGUCAAGGCCGGUCAGCUCUGGGGCAAGAACAAGGAUGAGCUCGCCAAGCAGCUCGAGGAGUUGAAGCUGGAGCUCAACCAGCUCCGCGUUCAGAAGAUCUCCAGCGGCGCUUCCACGAAGACCCAGAAGAUCGGCGAGGUUCGCAAGUCGAUCGCUCGUGUCCUCACCGUCAUCAACGCCAACCAGCGCGCCCAGCUGCGUCUGUUCUACAAGAACAAGAAGUACCUUCCCCUCGACCUCCGCCCCAAGCUCACCCGUGAGAUCCGCCGCCGUCUCACCAAGCACGAGGCUACCCGCACCACCGUGCGUCAGCAGAAGCGCGCCACCCACUUCCCCCAGCGGAAGUACGCUGUUAAGGCUUAAACGCAGAACUUGUUCGGAUAUGGAGUUUUGUGGGAAGACGUUGCUGGCCUUGGACACAAGCAGGACGUGACAGUGUGGACCCGAGAGCUUGUGGAGGGGUCGGUUUUCUCUUUUUUUUACAUCCAAAAAAUGGAAUUUGAUUAUGUAUCUAAAUAGGAUGCAAAUCGACUCUUGACAUGACAUGACUUAGACAUUUUCU